AUUCAACACUGCGACCGCGAUGCCGAUAGACGACUACGAAAUUUUGGAAUCAAUCGGCUCCGGGUCUUACGGCGAAUGCCGAAAGAUAAGGAGAAGAAGAGAUGGAAGACUUUUAGUAUGGAAAGAGAUGGAAUAUGGUGCUAUGACGGAAACAGAGAAACAGAUGCUCGUCUCAGAAGUGAAUCUUCUCAGAGAAUUGCGACAUAGGCAUAUCGUUCGUUACCACGAUAGAUUGAUUGAUAGACAAAGAUAUGUUCUUUAUAUAAUAAUGGAAUUCUGCGAAGGCGGUGAUCUAUCAGCAAUAAUCGGUCAACACAAAAGAGAGCAUCGUGCGAUAGACGAGUCGUUCGUGUGGAAGAUGUGCGUACAAUUGGCUUCCGCUUUACAGGUCUGUCACACGCGGUCAAAGAACGGACGAGGAGCAGUUUUACAUAGAGAUCUUAAGCCUGCUAAUAUCUUCUUAGAUUCUAAUCGAAAUGCAAAAUUGGGUGAUUUUGGCCUAGCAAGGGUAUUAAAUCCUGACAAUGCUUUCGCACGGACAUUUGUUGGAACUCCUUAUUACAUGAGCCCGGAACAGGUGAACUAUUUGACCUAUAAUGAAAAAUCGGACAUCUGGUCUUUAGGUUGCCUUCUGUACGAACUUUGCGCCUUAAGGCCUCCGUUUAUAGCGACAAAUCAGAAGGAACUGGCCGUAAAAAUAUCCAAAGGUGUUUUCCAACGUAUUCCCCAGCAAUAUUCAGAAGAAUUAAAUGACUUGAUUAAACUACUUUUACAAGUUGAUGAAUUCCGUCGACCAAGUAUUGACCAAGUUCUCGACCACCCCGUAGUACAAAGGAGGGGGGCCGAAUAUUUGCAAGUACUGCAGAGAUCGUCUUCGCCAGCUGACAGGACUAUCUUAAGAGACGAUUCUCAGCGUGAGAUGGAAGAGGCGCUAAGGCUUAGAGAGGAAAGUAUUAAAGAGAAGGAGCAACUGCUGAGAGCCCGAGACGAGUACGUCCGGCUCAGAGAAGCGAAAAUUGCCGAGAAAGAAAAGGAGCUUGAAAAACGAGAAGCUGCUCUCGUACUCCGCGAAAAACUAAUUGAGGAACGCCUGCAGAGAUACGAACGUCCGAUAGAAAGGAAACGCGUUUCGUUUAGCGUUCGAGAUAAAGAAAAUGAUCCACCUAUGCCAAAGCAACGUCAAACCUCCUUCAGAUUACCAGUCCAAGUCCCUAAAGGAAUAGAAUUCGACUUGAAAACGCGGCUGAGAAACGCCCGCCUCAAAGCAGACGAACUCCGGCAAUUGGAGACGGAAGCCAGACAAAAAGCCCAAAAUACAUUUGGCAUUCGAUAAUGUGUCAAUUUCCUACAUUCCAUUUCCUCCAGUUUGUGCAGAGAGAGAAAAAUUACCCAAAAGAUAUCGUAUUUGGGUAAACUUUUCUCAUUAUCUUCAAUCGACACUGUAUGUAAUAUUUCUUUCAAAAUUUACUUUCUCCUUCAUCCGUCCUGAAAGACAGUCCGGCAAUAGUAGCAGGUGUUUUCGAAUGUUGGGGUUAAAAAGAAUCGGUUAUUUCGGCAGGUGCAAAGGCUUUAGUCGUUUUGAACUGAGACAGAUGGUGCGUCUACUUUCGAACAGUUCCAAGCCUAUUGUAUAACGAUUUUUGUCCAAGUUCACUAUCUAAUUUUGCUAUUGUAAAAUUCAAAUGUACUUGUAUUAUUAUUGAUGUUUGAAAAUUUGGCCUUGAAGAAUUUCCUUAUUGAACUGUAUAUGAUUCUCUUUUUUUAUUACUUUGUACAGAAUACGCCAAU